AUGCAAACCAAAACCGAGGUAGAGGAGGCCAGCAGGAGACGGGCCAGACCCUGCCGUUGUGUGUUGGACACUCUGCUGUUAUGCACUGGGGAUAUGGAGCACGUGGAUGAGCAAAUGAAGGAAAAGCCAUUUGUGCUGCAGCUGGCCGUGUGGGGCCUGAGAGGGGUGACCAGAGUGAUUCUGGCCAACAACCCACUGAGUGGUGCUCUCAUCCUGGCUGCACUGUACUGGGCUUCCCCCUGGCAGGGCCUGCUGGGAACUCUGGGUAUACUGGCCUCAACGCUAACAGCUGUUAUCAUGGGACAAGACAGUGCUGAGGUGUCAGGAGGUCUCCAUGGCUUUAACGGCAUGUUAGUGUCUCUGCUGAUGGGAGUGUUUAGCUCGGCUGGAGACUGGUACUGGUGGCUUCUGCUGCCUGUCUGCUUGUGUUCGGCGACCUGUGUCUUUCUGUACAGUGGUCUCACCUCACUGUUGGUCCACUGGGACUUACCUGUGGCUGUGUUUCCAUUCAACACCGUCAUCAUCCUCUACCUCCUUUGUACGGGCCCGAACAAUCCCUAUUUUCCUCACCACCCGGCUGUGCCACCAGGGGUGCUGCAACCGAAUGGCACCAAUGUCAUUGCAGUCGAGGUGUUGUAUGGCAUCCCUCUUGGUGUGGGUCAGAUCUUUGCCUGUGACGCGAUGGGACCCUCCCUUCUCAUCCUGGGAGCCGUUGUGCUCUACUCCCCGCUGUUGGCCGCCCAUGCUCUGCUGGGAUCAGCAGUCGGCACGCUGGCUGGUUUAUCCAUGGCGGUGAGUCAUGCUUCUCUGUACUCGGGUCUGUCUGGGUUUAAUGGAGCUUUGGGCUGCAUGGCUGUUGGAGGAUUCUUCACCUUCAGCUGGACGACCCACCUCUUCUCCAUUGCCAGCGCCUUCCUCUCUGCAUAUGCUGACAUCGCUCUGGGAAACCUGCUGGGAACUGUGGGUCUCCCAGCAUGCAGUUGGGCAGCUACUCUGACAGCUACAUUAAUGUUGUUGCUGACUGGCAGUUUAGCAGCAUACAGCAUGCCUAUUGAAAAGGUCAAGGCCCCUGAACACAACCUGAACUCUGGCCGCCGCCAGUGGACAGCUGGGAACACCCUAGAAAGAGACAGCAUUGUGUAG